GUCCGCUCUCAGGAAUCUCAGGAUCCUCUUUACAGGACAGGAGCUACUGUACAUAACCUCUUUGACAACGACAGAAUUAGCGACGAAAGAAUAUAGUUAAAAUUUAUAAUGAACAUAGUAAUUGAUACAAGAGGUAAUACUGGCCUGGCAAAUAAAGAUCGAUUAAUAGACAGUGAUGAUGACGAUGUGGAAAUUAAGACUAUUGAUGUCGAUCCAGUAAGGAUAUAUGAUGCAGAUUAUUUAGGCAUUGACAAGAAAGAACAACCAAAAAAGAAAAAAUCCGUUUCCUGCAAAGAUUUUGAUCUUGAAAAGUUUGAAAUCGAUAUGGGUUGGAAAUCCAAGAAGGAAGUGGUCUUUGAACCAACAGAAGAAUUAGCGCAUAUAAGAAAAGAGGUAAAUCCAUUGGACAAAAUUUUAGAGAAGAGUGUUAUCAAAUCUGAUUUUGAACAUUUGCAUGUCGUACCACCCUACGAGUUGAGCAAACACCAAUUGAAGGUCCAAAAACGACGCGAGAAACGAAAGAUGGGAAUGGGUGCAGAGUGGUUUAACAUGCGUGCGCCUCAAAUAACACCAGAGAUUAGACAUGACCUCGAAGUGCUAAGAAUGAGAUCUGCGUUAGAUCCUAAACAUUUUUACAAAAAGAAUGACAUGAAAGCGUUACCUAAACAUUUCCAUGUCGGCAAAGUUAUUGACUCUCCGAUGGAUUUCUACUCUUCGCGUCUUACAAAGAAAGAACGCAAGAAAACAAUCGUUGACGAGCUUAUGGCAGACGCGCAGUUUACAAAAUAUAACAAGCGUAAAUAUAAAGAGAUUAUUGAGGAAAAGCAAAAGACGCACUACAAGGCACACAGGCAUGCAAAACGACUUAAAAGAAAGAAGUAAUAUAUUUAUCACUAUUAUAUAAAGUACAUGUAUUACAUGAGGUGUAUACGUUAUAUAUGCAAGAAAUAAAUAUUAAAAAUUGUA